ACCCAACCAGUGAGGAUUAUACAAGCCAAGAAACCAGCAAGAUGUUUAAGCUAUCGCUCUGCCUGCUCGCCGCUCUGAUGCUGGCCAAUGUGUAUGCGGACAACAUAAACAAGGAUGCCGUGAUCACCCGCGAGGAUGUUAAUCCUGCCGACGCCGAGGGCAACUACCAAUACGCCUUCGAGACCAGCAAUGGUAUUCAGGCCCAGGAGGCCGGAAACGUCAAUGGCAUUAGCGGAAGCAGCUCUUACAUCUCCCCCGAAGGCGUCCCCAUCUCACUGACCUACGUCGCCGAUGAAAACGGCUUCCAGCCUCAGGGCGAUCACCUUCCCACCGCUCCCCCAAUCCCGGAGGCCAUCCUCCGCGCCCUGGAAUACAUCGCCGCCCACCCUCCACAGCCCUAAAUCCCCGAUUGGAUACCCCAUUCAAAGCCUAGUCAGUGCUUUUGCUAAACAUGAGUUAUAUCUAGUUCUAGAAAGUCUGUACAUAAAUCCCCCAAAAAAUAAAAACAUAAAUAGUUACAUC